AAUCAUCAAAAUUCUGAAAAAUCCUCCAUUGCAUUUGAAGUUUUUCUUUUUAUUAAAGAUUUUAAAUUGUCUUGGGUUCUUCGGCGUUCAGUUUCUGUGCGACUGUAGUAACUAUAUUGUUUGUCUUGAAAAAUAUUCAGUGCAAUGGAAGACAAUUCUUCUAGUGAUGACGAAAUUAAGGAUUCUCCUCUGAGCCCUAAACUUGGAGGUAAAAAGCUGAAAUUAAAUGAUGGGAGCUCACAGGACAGUCUUAAGGAGACAGCUCCGUCGAGUAAAGGGGAAAAAGAUGAGAAUGUAGACAGUGGGGUGUCGGCAGAUAAGUCUGAGAGCAUUAGCAGUGACGAGCGGGCGGCUGGCACGUCCACGGAGCCUUCAAAUGAGUUCGUGGACGCUGGGCCCUCUUGUAGCAGCGUCAGAACGUUGUUACUAAACUUCCGACGUUCUACACGAUCAAGGAAUUAUAGGAAACGGAAGACUCCGGAUAGAGACUCAGAUAGCAAUGACUCUUCAAGGGAUUCUGAUGAUUUAUCAGCUGCUGAAAGCGAGCAGGGAUCUCAGAAUGAAAAUGUGAGUCAUUCGGAAGCAGAGAGUGAAGAUAUGCAUAGGAUUAUGGCCACAUUUUCUGAUAGAUCUUCCGAUGGUACAAAUAAUUCAGGCUCCGAAAGCAACGAUACAAGCUAUUCAACGGAUGAUCACAUCCAGAUGCAGUCAGGGGAUACAGACAGUGAUGAAGAUGCGGCUUGGAACCGCUCCAACGACGACAAUGAUGAAAACGAUGAUGAUAAGACUAAAACGCCUAGUGUUUUGAACAAACAAAGGCCUAAGCACAAUUAUUUAUUGUUGAGGGAAAUAAUCAACCGCGAGAUGGGGCUGACAUUUCCCUGCGGUAAAACGGCGAAAACCGAUGUAAUGUUCGAGCAGAAGUUUUAUGGAUCUCUACAUGCUGUUUAUAGGCUGAAAAAGCUUCACCAACUGCAUAAACAUAAAGGCUGUGUUAAUUCUAUAAAUUUUCACCCGGAAGGCCACCUUCUGGCGUCAGGUUCCGACGACACAAACGUAGUAAUCUGGGACUGGGCGCGCAACGCCCCACUAAGCGUGAUCAAGACGGGGCAUAAAUCAAAUGUGUUUCAAAGCAAAUUUCUGCAUCUCAACUCUAGGAGUCAAUUGAAUAUCGUCACUUGUGCAAGAGACGGGCAAGUGCGCCUGCUGCAGUGCCCGCCCAGCGGGGCGGCGGGCGAGGGCGGCGCGUCGGUGGUCCGGCGGCGGCUGGCGUCGCACUCGCGGGCGGCGCACAAGCUGCACGUGUGCGCGUCCGAGCCGCACGUCGUCGUGUCGGCCGGCGAGGACGGCGUCGUCAUGCAGUGCGACGUGCGGGCUGGCCACGGCAGCAGAUUGUUCCAAGUGAAAGACCACAUGGUGACCAUACCACUGUAUAGUGUGGCCGGCCACCCUCUGGACCCGAAAGAGCUGCUCGUAGCUGGCCGGGACAAGUUCGUUCGCAUAUAUGACAGACGCAAGUCAAACAAGCCUAUAGCCUUAUAUUGCCCGUCUACUUUUGAACAGCAUCUUGGCAAUUCAAAGAAGAAAGUGCGGUUAUCGAUGAUGCACCUCACGUGUGCGGUGUAUAACCACGACGGGACAGAGAUUCUAGGCUCAUACAACGAUGAGGACGUGUACCUGUUUGAUACCAAAAAUGACGUAUACGACAAAGAAAACCCUACCGAAAAGGAAGGCUUUACACAUAGAUACAGUGGCCAUAGGAACAGCGUAACAUUCAAAGGUGUCGCAUUUUUCGGGCCCAAGAGUCAAUACAUAGUUUCCGGGUCGGAUUGUUCAAAUAUUUACAUUUGGGAGAAAAACUCCGAAGCUAUCGUGCAAUGGAUGAAGGGGGACCAUAAUGGCGUUGUGAACUGCAUAGAGCCUCACCCGCGCUGUCCCGUGAUGGCCACAAGCGGGUUGGACAACGACAUCAAGGUGUGGAUCCCCAGGAACCACAAGGAUCCCGACUUCGAUGGCCUGGAAAGGACGGUCCGCAAGAACCUCGUGAGCCAACUGCGCAGCCCGCUGUUCAACGACUUCCUGCCUCAGCUGUACAGCGCGUGGCGCGGCGAGAACCGACUCUUCUCCGACGACGACGGCGCUCCCAACUACGGCAACAUCGAAUUCGACGGAAACGUCUGCUCGGCUUUCUAGGGGCACCCAUAAGCGGGUUCUAGUUUGAUUGCAGCCGGAAUAGGUACCCCAUUCGUGACACUUAAUGCUGCAGCAUGAUGACGAAUGGGUUCCUACCCUUACUCGCCUUAAUAACGGUGUUAAGUUGUAAUAUGAAAUACAUUUCUCGGCAUUGUUGAUUAAUUAAUGCAUUGAUGUAUUUCGAAUUAUUGCUCGUAUAACGACAUAGUCACGACAGAUAGUCGUGUUAUGGGAACAGGGGGUCUACUCUCCAUCUCCGUCCGAAACAAUUACCGCCAAAUAAGCAAUACUUGACCAAAUGAAAAGACGCGUGAUGCG